GCAUCCAGAGCUGCGCAGAGGAGAGAGAGAGGGGCUGGCUCGGGUUUCAGAGACGCGCACUGACUGCUGACCUGCGGAGCGCUCAGAGGAGAAGCAGCGAAUGGGACAGAAGGAGCGGGACACCGAGGACUACGAGACAGGAACAUCCCAGACUGAGUGGUGACCGUCUGAACUAUGUGGCAUCUUCUAAAGUCGAUGUAGGAGCUCAUCUGAGGGAGUCUGGAGCGGAGAGGACAUCCGUUUAACUUUUCUCUUAAAAGUUGGACAGUCGCGCGUCACCUCCAAAGUCGCAGGUCGUGAGGAUUCCACGGGAAGAAGCUGGAGAAUAAGUGGAUUUUUGUGUGGACAAACCCAGAGUAAGAAGACCAGAAUGGAGGAUCAGAAGUGGGGAGCGGACAGGAGGACGCACGGCGCGAAGACGCAGCAGCAGAAAGCAUCCAAACAGCGCCGGUGGACGGAUUGGAGAGAUCUGUGUGGCGUAACGGUUUGCAUCGCAGUAUCUGUUCUGUGCCUUGGAGUUUGCAUAGUGGUUUUUGUGCGCACCUCGGAGCUGCAGUCCAGGAUAGUUAGUCUGGAGCAGCAGCAGCUCUCUGCGUGGAUGUUGUCUGUGGAGCAGGUGGAGCCCGUUAUACUGGGACGACUGGACCAGAUCCUGGAGGAGAAGCUUGCAGCGCGACUACCAAAGACACGGGAGGUGAGGGACGUUCCCCACUGCAUGUGUCCACCAGGACCUCCAGGUCCUCCUGGACGAGCAGGCUUUCCGGGGGACAAAGGCAGUAUGGGAAUUCCUGGGAGAAUGGGCUUAAAAGGACGAGCUGGGGAGAAGGGGGCGCCAGGCGAGCCUGGUCUGUCCAUCAUUGGACCAAGAGGACCUCCUGGCCAACCUGGAACAAGAGGUUUCCCAGGCUUUCCAGGUCCGAUCGGGUUGGACGGCAAGCCGGGACAGAACGGACCCAAAGGAGACAUGGGUCAGCGUGGUCCUAAAGGACUCCCAGGGGAACCUGGACCCAAAGGAGAGAAGGGUGUUUGUGGAGACUACACACACCGGGGCCUCUUUGUGCAGGAUCUCCCUCUGAAAACCCUGGCUGCCUUGCGCUCCAGUCAUGCUCUGACGUUAAAGCAGGGCGAGCCUGGAGCGCAGGGACCCCCAGGACCUCCAGGGCCCCCGGGACCCCCAGGCCUGACCGGAGCCAGCGGUCCACCAGGAAAACCUGGUGAACCCGGUAAACCAGGAAAAGACCCGAGGCUUUUACCGGGACUGAAGGGGGAGCCAGGUGUGCCAGGACAAAAGGGCGAUCGAGGUGACGAUGGUGCAUCAGGUCCUGAAGGUCCAAAGGGAGAAAAAGGAGAACCGAGCCUUACAGCACAGGGAAUAAAAGGAGAACCAGGCUCACCAGGACUGCCAGGCCCCGUGGGACUAAAGGGGGACAAAGGUGACCAGGGAGAAAAGGGGGAUGUGGGUCCUGAGGGAGCAGCUGGACCAAGAGGUCCUCCAGGGCCAACGGGGGAACCAGGCAGGGCUGAGAUCCAGAACAAUGAAAAUGAUAUACGGAACAUACCGCUGAUGGGCCCACCUGGAUUACCUGGACCUCCAGGGCCUCCUGGAAUCCCUGGUACUAAGGGUGAAGUUGGACUACCAGGACCCCCAGGACUGGAUGGAGAAAAGGGACCCAGAGGGAAGCCUGGAGAUCAAGGUCCCCCGGGUCCAGCUGGUCCUGAAGGCCCCAGAGGGGAGGGUGGUGUCAUGGGCUUCCCUGGACCCAAGGGAGACAAGGGAGACAUGGGUCCAUCUGGAUCACCUGGUUUAGAUGGCCCUACUGGUGAAAAGGGGGCCAACGGGGCCCCUGGCCCUAUUGGAUUACCUGGUGCAAUGGGUCCUAAAGGAGAACCUGGAGAUCUGGGACGGUCAGAAGUGAUUUAUGGGCCUCCAGGACCUCCAGGACCCGUCGGCCCCGCUGGAUCUCAAGGACCUUCAGGGCCUAAGGGAGAGCCAGGCAUCGGCAUCAGAGGAGAAAAAGGAGCGACCGGUCAGAAAGGCGACAAGGGAGACAGAGGCCAUCUUGGACUUCCUGGUCUAAUAGGACCAGCAGGUGUUCCAGGACCAGCAGGACCAAAGGGAGAGAGAGGAGAAAAAGGAGAUGCAGGACUACCAGGACCAACUGGGCCUCAAGGCAUCCCAGGUUUAGUAGGACCACAAGGAUUCAAGGGGAAUCGGGGAGAGAGGGGCAAGAAAGGCAACAGGGGGGCCAAAGGGGAUAAGGGAGACCAAGGAGCACCUGGAUUAGAUGCCCCCUGUCCGUUGGGAGAUGAUGGCUUACCCGUACCAGGAUGUUGGAAUAAAGGUCAACAUCCUUUCCAGCUGGCUAAGAAGUAGAGCUACCAGAAUCUGUCUCCAUGAAACCACACAGAGGAAACUUGAAGACGUUUGGAGAUAUCUUUAAGUUGGAUUCUUUACCUGGAGUUGGCUUUUCAACGAUUUUCCAGGAGGCUGAACACAGAGCCGCUAAUGUCGGCAGUGGUGAGCACAGUCGAGACCCUGCCCCAUCUCUAAAGCUCUCUGGACGGGACAGCAUCCACGUUUCUCUAUUUAACCUCCAGUCAGAGAGUCAACGAUGGCAUGGACACGUUAGCACAUGCUGUCUGAUGUGUUUGACAUCAAUACUGUAACUGUGAUUAUUAAUUCAGAGCAGCUCACACAGCAGAUCGAUGCCAUGUUUCCAUGAAAAAAACAAAAAAAAAAAAAGAGAGACCCUCUCCAUGAUUCCUUCUUGAUAUUAUCUCUCUCACUGCCAUGUCAGAAAUCCCUCUACCUGCAGCUAUCACCUUUGUUUUUCAUGAUUGUGCUGGAUUACAGCGCCACAUCGGCCUGCUCACGUAUAUGGUAUGAUUAUGUAUAUGACUUUUUUAUAUAGUGGUGUUAAAGGACUCCACAUCCAUGCUGUAACUGUAAUUAUUGUGUAAUAUAAGAUGAGGGAUUUAUGUAUAAAUGUACGGGAUCUUUGUAAAUAGAUUGCUUUGAUGAAACAUGAUUUUACAUGCAGAAAAAGUGCCAAAAUUCUCAAAAGGCAGUUUUCAUGGUGUCCUUGUAUGCAGAUGAUUCACUAAUGUUUCAUGAUGAUUUUAAUUUUUCAACUCUAUCAGACUUAUUCACAUAAACUAUCUAAUGGCUUUACUUUUUCUGAUUUUAAUGCACCAUAUAAAAAGUUUCUAUAACACUGGUGGGCAACUAGUAGUCCUGGGGCCACAGGCAGCACCCUUCUUCCCUCAAUGCCAAUUUCAGUUAUUAAUUUAUUAUAAACAUGAAAAAAAAAACAUGAAAAAAAUCUAUUUAAUUAUAACAAAUUGAGACACAACCAUUUUUUUCAUCCGUUAUGAGGUAAAAGUUGGAAUUCUGAAAUUAAAUUUUAGUGAUUAAAGCCAGAUUUCUCAGUUUACAGUCAGAAUUUCUGAGAUUAAAAGUUUAAAAUCUUAGAUUAAAGUCAAAAAUUCAGGAUUAAGGUCCAAAUUCUCAGAUUAAUGUCAGAAAUAUGAGAUCAAAUGCAUAACUACUGAGGUUGAAGCCAGAGUUUCAGAAUGAAGAUGGAAUUCUGAUAUUAAAAUCAGAAUUCUGAGAUUAUUCUAAAAUCAAAUUUAGAGUUCUGAGAUUUACAUCAAAAUUCUUAGAUUAAUCAGACUGAAGACUUAAUCCUGAAAUUUAAGUCAGAAUUCUGAGAUUAAAGUCAGAAUUUUGUAAUCAAAGCCAGAAUUUCAGAUUUAAAAUAGAAUCCUGAGAUUAGAGUCAGACUUUUUUAUAGGUUAUGAUAACGACUUGUCUGAAAUUUUCAUUUUCAAUACAAAUCUGAUGAAGUCCGGGGAUUCUCAUCACUGUUUAACAAGUGCAAAAUCUUUUACCUGUGUUGCAGUGCUCUCAAAAAAGUUCAACUUUUGGAACAGAAACAUACUGGUCAAUAUCACUUUACCCUUACUGACCAAUCAAAAUCAAGAAGGGGUGGGAUUUACUUAUCUGACUGGUCGACAGAUACUACUAGAGCCUGGACAGAGUCCUCAAAUUUGAGAUUUCUGGUUAUAUGAAAAUACAAAAUACACCAAGCUAUUUGGAAAUGACCUUCUAUUACAGAGGAAAGAAGUCGUCAGCGUUCAUACCUGAGCAACGAUAGAUGCCGGUGAUGAGCCCUCUGACAUAGUUCCCAGUAUGAAAGAAAAAAAAACAGCAGCUUGAAACCAUCUUGAAACCUUAAGCUGAAGCUAAAGAGUCCUAAAAGUUAUGAACUUGUGGCCCCGUAGGAGUGAGGAUCAUGAGUAGCCAAAGUUUCCCAUCUCUGCUCCCUGCAUACAACAGACCUGCUUGAUUAUGGUUUUAUUCUUUAAAUGAAUCUGUUUUUGAUCAAACAAUAACAAAUAUGUAGAUAUUUCUUUGUGGUUGUUAUUGAAGAGAAAUGUUUCAUGGUUCACUCACAGAAGACCUUUCCUGUUUCACUGAUAAUCAAAUAGCAUUCCUUCGUCAUUGUGACAGCUGCCGUGUGAACAGAAAAUGGAGUUUGAUUUUUAUUUAUUCUGUUUUUUUUCUUUGGUGUUAAAAAUCUAUUACUUUUUUUUGUUUCAGCAGGAGCAGAAACCAUACGUUGUUUAAGCUGUAUUAUCAUUUUUAGACAGCAUAUGUGCGGGGAAAAUAUGAGAAAAUUACCAGUUAGAACUUAUGGUUGAAAACACCUCUAAUCUAUUUGACUAGAAUGGAAAAAUCUCAUCAAAUCACAACCAAUAUUUUAGCAGUGUGUAGAUCUACUUGGUUGUGUUUUGGUCAGAUUCAUUAGUUGGAUGUUUCAUAUUGGACUUGCAUAGACAAUGUUCAUUCUUGUGUACCAGCUUUCCUCUGAGGCAUUGACAGUGGUUAUUUAACAGGAGUCAUUAUUUUGUACUGAAAUAUUUCUAUGUAGUUUCUGCUUCAAAUUUCUACUUUGCACAAAUGUUAAACUAGCACAUUUUAUAAUGACAGUGAGUUGUUCAUUUAUUUGAUUUACUUUUAGCCAAAGGGGUUGUAAAGUGUACUCUUUGUUAUUCACUGCCAACAGCAGAAUUAAUACCAUUUUGUUGCAUGAAUUUGGGUUAUAAAUUGUUGUUUUUUGUAUAACUAUGUGAAUAUAUGUUUAUGUGAACUCUUGAAGGCAUUAUCUGACUAAUCUGGCAUAAAUGUUUUGCAAUUACUCUGUUAAUGAUCAGCAUGUGGCUGGUGUGUCAGUUUGUCAGAUGAGGAUGAGAAAGUCACUUUUAUUUCUUUGAGACCCAACAUUUUUUUCCUUUACUGAGACUAAAGUCAGAGAACAGAGAUCAAAGUCAGAUUUCUGACAUCAGAGUAACAAUACUAAGAUCAAAGUUGCAAUAAUGUGAUUAAUGUCAGA